AUGCCCUUCUCCCUUUUUAAACCACCGAGUUUUAUUACCUCCCGUACUUUCUCUCUUGUUUCUUUUAAAUUUUACAUAGAUAUGCAUGCGUAUCAUUUCCAGCACUACCGACAAAUACGCCGCCACCCUGUUGCGCGGCCUCACACGCCACUGGCCGUUUGGGGACCUUCAGCGACGCGGGCAACAGCUGCCCGAAUGGCUUCGACGGCACCGGCCCUCUCACUUCUCUCAUGGUCCGUGGACGCAGCGGGUCAAACGCAUCACCGCUGCAAGCGCCGACUGACGUUGGCUGAGAGGAUCCCUCUCCUCCAGCGCACCAUUUCAGAGGCGGCUCCAGACAUCGUUGCUUUGCAGGAUUCCUCUCUGGAGGUGGCGGAAGCCCUCUGCUCUCCACAGUCAUCAUCUACCGUAGAAGGUGAUCAUAUCGGACCAGGCCGCAGCGCCCUUCUUGAGGGAACUGAAACCGAACAACUCCCACUCAACAAAGGGCGGGGUGAGUGUAGGUACCAAUGUAUAGGAAGCACACGCAACGGGCGAUGUGGCCACAUCCAGUUGUUCAGACGCAUCGACUCCUUGUGGGACGGACGGUUGCUUCCCACUAGCCCUUGCCUUACAGCUGAAUUCGUGUCAAAUGCGUCGGGGUCUGAUGGUGGCCUGCGUUUUGUACUGAGCAACGUUGAUCUUACUUAUCGUGGAAAAAGUCUGGGGUUAGGGGGGAGGCCACUUGCUCCACUGGAGGUGAGUUCGGGCGGAAGUCCAUUUACACUGCAGGUUGGUAGAGAUGAAGCAACACCUGGGCGGCAACCGCAACUGCAAAGGGUCAGGGGGAGACUUGAUCCUCAUCGUGAAAUAGCACUUGAAUUUAUUUCCAAGGUGGCAAAGCCCGACAUUCUACUUGGGAACUUCUUCAUGGGCCAAAGUGAGACUAUGCCCGGUUACGAAGACGCAUGGGUGCUUGCGGGAGCCCCAGCGGGGCAUGAACGUACGGCAAAUACAUUUGCUCACCACAAACAUGAUGCUCAGACAAACUUCUUUUACUUCGUAUCGGAUGAUGCACUAAAGACCGUACCUGAGGGAUCUUCCAGCACGAGGCUGCCACCACCAACAUCCAUUGCUGGAACCCCUGCUGACACGGGAAUCGAACCUCCAGCAAAUGACUGCCGUUUAAGCAUCGAAAAUACUGACUGCAUCGACGGUAAACACAAAAGCAUGGUGAGUUGGCCGGACACAGAAACAGUUGGAGAAGCGAGUGGUUGCGUGACACCGCAAAUAGCAGGCAGGUUUCAACGCUGCUUCUUCCGUUCUUUGCCAUCGAAGCACCAUAAGCGGGAGCAUCCGCUUGUGCGACGGUAUGGAAGGCGGCAGCUGCUUGUUCUAAAGCCCUUCACAGAUGCGCGUCUGACGGAAAAUGAAGCACGGCGCCUGGGUAGUGACCCUGAGAAGUUGGUGCGCUGCUCAGCAUCCGAUACGUACCCUAUCUUAGUACUCCUUUCUUGA